UCCUGAAAAUGACACCGAGGAUAAUACCGUUUUGCAGUGUGUUGCAACUAAGGUCACGCCGACCUUGUCAGGAACCAGCUGUGCGGCUUACGCCCUCUUUCGUUUUCUCGAGUCAGUAUAUAAGGCAGAGAAACCUGCGCACAGUUGCAAUAACGAGUCUCCCUCCACUGCAGCCAUGAAAGCUUUGUCCUUGUGUCUCCUCGUGGUGGUCGUUGGGUCGUGCGCGGGCCAGAGUAUCCAGCAGCUACUCGACAGCAUCGGCAUCAACAACCCCACAGCCGUAGAGGAAAUCAGAAGCAUCUUAUCUAAAAAUAACCAACACAAUGUAGUAUCCUGCCUGAUCAAUGGCGUGGCUGUCGACGCUUCACGACCGUGCGAUGCAAGGACAGACGCCUUCAGGAGUGAGUAACGUUUGUUUACACCACAUGGCUUCUCUGCA